CUCCUUUAUUGUCAUUCAUCCUUCAUAUCAUGGCGGACCGCCUUUGCAAGGGAAGCUUCGGACCCGGAAGAUGAUUCUCAAGAAAAGGGUUUCGUCUUCAAAUGGCACAAUUUGGAGAGGAGUUGCUGUCAGUUCCUGGCUAUUUGCGGGAGGAGCUCUACAGAACCCUUUUGGCAUAUUGUGACCUGGAGGAAGAUGGAUGUAUGGAGAAGAUGUGUCGCAGCUACUUGGAUCCGGAGUAUGUCUACCUUCUCGAGGGCGUGGACAGUGAAGCUGGAUACUGGCAACUGCAAAGCACCACAGCGGAGCUCCAACAGCUGUUUAAAGAAGAUGCUGCUUUUAAGCUGGUUGGGCGCAUCCGACACCCACACAGGUCUCACGAAAGCGAGUAUGCUGGGGUCAUUGAACUUGCAUUUCGAGGGUCAGAUCGUGUGGCGCACAUGCUGAUUAAUGCGGUAACUUUCCUAGUUGCGACUGAAAUUGGAGGCUGCAUUGGCAAGGUGCAUCAGGGAUUUCAGAUGGCAUAUUUGACCUUGAGGGCGGACAUGCUUCAAAAGAUUGAGGCCGGAUUAACGAACCAAGGGAUCAGCAAGCAAGCAUCAUUGCUCGUUCGGGCAACAGGGCACAGCCUGGGGGGGGCACUGGCAACAUUGUGCUCAUACGACCUCGCCCACCAGCACCAUUGGGAGAAUGUGUCAAUCCAAUGCAUGACUUGGGGUUGCCCCCGCGUUGGAAACAGGGAUUUUGCAAACGCAUGUUAUCAGGCUGUACCCCGAUAUGGCCGGUACAUCAACAAGAUGGAUAUCCCAUCAUGCUGGCCAGGCAAUCCAAAAGACCCACAUGAUUACUACAAUCGUGUGCGAUCAGUCGUGGGUGCGGCUAGCUCACCAUUUUGCGCAUUGAUGAAGGCUACUGACUACCACCAUGCUUGUCCGUGCGUUGUGCUAGAUCCUAACACCAGUACCUCCCUACAUGUGAUGAUUGCUGGUAUGGAGGUGGCAGCAUUUGCACGAGACGGAAAUUCUGCUGCUGCUACUGCCCUUUUAAAGCCCCACUCGGUAAAAGGAUAUGUGGAGGCUCUCGCACAUGCGUUGGAGGCCACGAAGCUCCGAUUGGACAGUGAGUGGGCAAAACUGCCCUCAGUAGGCACUUGGUUGAUGCCGUACCCCGUGGAGGAAGAGUCGCCGAAGCAGGACACCAUUCCGAGCCAAUUCCUCAAGACAGUCAACGCGGAAACUCAGGACUUCCUGAAGUAUGGACUUUCGCUGCUAUCUUCUUUUAAGGGACGUGGUCCACGCGUCCUUCUUGACUGGCAUGAUGACAUCGGCAGAUACAGCAAGCAGCAGCUGGCAGCAAUGGGAGUUGAGCCGAACAGAUUUGAGAAGGUCCCACUGGAGACGAUCUUGAAAUCAAGCUCUGAGUUACUUCACACCGAAGAAGGCCGUUUAUUGUUAAGGCACGCUCAAGAGCAGCUGUUGACCAUGCUUCCCAUGCUCACAGUGGCCGCCCACGAGGAGUCUCGCCAAUCAAAGCAAUCGAGCAAGGUCCUGGCGCAGAUGGAGAAGCACGGUGUGGCUGCAAAGGUUCUGUCAUGGAGCCGCCAGAAGCUCAUGGAUGCUGAAAAAGAUCCCGAGAUGCUGCGCAACCUUCUUGCAUCCUUCAAAAUGGAGAGCCUCACAGAGCUUGGAACAGAAGUGUAUUUGACAAAUGCUGCUCGUCUCCGAUCGAUCACGGACAAGGUGGAUUUCUCGGACACGGUUGCCAGCAGUGCCAAAGGUUUGGGUUUGGUCUUUGAAGAUGGUGUGCUGAAACUGGAUGGGUUGAUUGCCAAGGGGCACCAGUACAUUGAAUCCGACAAGGGCACCGAACUCCUGAGAAAAGCGCAGGAAAAAGCGCUUGAUUUUACCAAAGCAGGCCUUUUUGAACAGGCCAAUGGGUAUAUCCAACAGCUGGAGCAAUCGGAGAACAGCAAGAACAGCAGACAAUUACUGGAGCAAGGCCGCGCCUUGCUCGCGUCGGCUGAAGAUGAUCCGGAUGCGUUGAAGAAGUGGUUGGCUUCUAUUGAGGCAUCAGAAGCAAAUCAAUGGCAAGAGUGGGGUGCCAAGAUGGUCUCCAACAACGAUGGAAAGAGAGAUGAAUUCAUCAAGACAGUGUCUGAUCAGUGCUCUGCCUUUCUGACUGAACAGUUGCGCAUCAUCAAGGUGCCAAAGAUAGAAAGCCCAGCAGAUGGGAGUGCGUACGAGUAUUGCAUUGAUAACAUUGACCUUUCAUCCUGUUCUGUCAGCAAGGAUGGGUUCUUCAUUGAUCUUAAGUCACCACGUGCAGAAGAUGCUGCUGACAUGGAGGGCUCGCCGGUCACAAGUGAGGAAGGGAAGAGACCCGUCAGCAGUGGCGAGAUUUUGCGAGUGACUGCAAAGGACAUCAAGGUCCGCAUACCGGAACUCAAAUGGCAGUAUAAGCAAAAAAACUUUCCAUACUUCAAUGGGAAUGGCACAGCUGAGACUAUCGCUCAUGGUGCUGAGAUAAUGCUAGCGUUCCAACUUCGUUCUGCCAAGUUGAAUGGAGAUCUUGUGCCACGACUUGCCCUUGCUUGCAGCCACGUGGUCAUUGACAAGCUCGUGCUGAACUUCAAGGAGUCCAAGUUAAGUUGGUUGUACAACACCAUGGGCUACCUCUUCCAGACAGCUGUGAGGGAUUAUGUGGUGUCCACGCUUGGUGCAGCUGUUAACGGCAACAUGGCAAGUCUGCUCACUCCGUUAAAUGGCUAUUUGCGCCCAUAUUGGCCGUUGCUUCUCUCCAAUGUCGCCAUUCCACUGGAGAAGCUGCCAAGCACUGACCUGGAGGAAUACACAGUUCUGUUGGGGUCUGAGGGGAAAGUGCCGGUGGGCGCAGACUUUGUCGAUGCUGAGGGAGGCCUCACAUUGGUUGCAUUGGAGGAUGGAGGUGCACUUCAUCGCUGGAACCAAAGUGCUCCAGAAGAGAGGAAGGUGAAGACUGGUGACUUGCUUUACCAAGUUGACGGCAAGUGCGGGGAGGACAUGAUUCAGGCUCUUGACAAGCAGGAGGUUGAUGAGUUAUUGUUCCGGCGAGCAGCCACAAAGGGGGCUGUGAUAGAUUGGGAUGAGGCCAUGUUCGAUUCAGGUCCAGACGGCGAGUGAAUGAUCGGAUGCCGACCAUGACACCUCGCAGUCUCACCCAAGGAUGGUCCCACAAGCGACAGCCGUUGAUUCAAAAACACGGCUGCCAUGGGCACCCGCGGGCCAUCACCACAGUUGUUCUCUUGGCUCACAAUCCUGAGGUUGGGGACCCGCAAGGUGAACAAACAGGCAGCUCUGGCCUAGCG